AGAUUGUUUUGUGUUAGGAGUAGGAUGUACUUUAGAAGAAUGGUGUCUGCUGAUCAACACUGGGAGGGAUGUUAUUAUUGAUAUUGUCUGUUGCACCCAAAAAUACAAGUGUCCACAAGAGUGUUGGAAUGGCAGCUUUAUCGAGUGCAAUGAGAGGCAGUGUCAAGCCAAAGGCGGACUUCAACGUCAAGGAGGACGCCAUGGCUCUGAGCAAGGCUAUAAAGGGACUGGGCACAGAUGAGAAAACCCUGAUCCAAGUUCUGACUCACAGGAGCAGUGAUCAACGGCAACUUAUCUGUAAAGCUUACCAGGAAGCCACUGGCAAAAUGCUGGUAAAGGACCUGAAAGGGGAAACCAGUGGGAACUUUACGGAUCUUCUAGUCGCACUUGUCACACCCCCUGCGGUCUACCACUGCCAACAGGUCAGGAAGGCCCUGAAGGGAGUUGGUACUGAAAACAGUGUCCUAAUUGAAAUCUUCGCCUCCACUUCAAAUAAAAAAAUUAAGGAGUUGUCAGACGCAUAUUCAAAAGAAACUCAAAGAACGCUGACUGAAGACCUGAAGAAAGAGAUUUCGGGCGAUUUUGCCAGCGCGAUUUUGAUUCUUGCCGAGGGAAAGCGAGAUGAGAGCACAAACGUGGAUGCUGCCAAGGCUAAAGAGGAUGCCAAGAUACUUUACAAUGCCGGGGAGAAGAAAUUGGGAACGGAUGAAUCCAAAUUCAUUGACAUCCUGUGUCACAGAAGCAUCCCUCAGCUCCGACAAACUCUGGUGGAGUACAACACCAUCAGUGGGAGAAGCCUGCAGGAGAGCAUCGAGCGAGAGAUGUCUGGGAGUCUAGAGCUCCUGCUAGUGGCUAUAGUAAAAUGUGUGCAGAGUGUGCCGGCAUACCUAGCUGAACGUCUCCACAAAAGCAUGAAGGGGGUUGGAACGGAUGAAGGCACCCUGAACCGAAUCAUGGUGAGCCGGUCAGAAAUAGACAUGCUGGACAUCAGAUCAGAGUUCAAAAAGCUUUACAACUACUCCCUCCACUCUGCCAUCCAGUCUGAUACACAGGGAGACUACGAAAAGGCUCUGAUAAACCUCUGUGGAGGAGAUGAUGCCUGAUGAAGCUACAACGCGGCUCUUCCUAAUCUCAGUGCUUUUUUCUGUGUUAUUACAGUUGUAUUUUAUGACAUUAUAUCUACAGAAUCAUAUUUGGUGAAUUAAAUGCAAUAAAUACCAGCUAUUAUGUUUAUUAUU